AUGUCGGACUCUGAGUCUUCGUCGUCCUCUAGCGGAUCCGACUCGUCAAGGGCGGCAUCGCCCGAGCCAGGAACUGUGCCAGAAGUUGAGAAAGAGCCAACUACAGAACCUACCACCACCGAUGAGGGCCAGGAAAAGUCAUCGACGGAAGAGAGUCCGUCCUCGAAGACAGAGGCCAAUGAAAAUGAGACUGAGACGAGCCCUCCUGAGGAGGAAAUAGAUCCAGUUGCUGAGCCCCUUCAUGUCUCGUGGAAAAGCUCUGCCACGAAUAACCCAGAGUCCAUGGCUGCAGACUUUGUGGUAGUCCAUGGCAUUUAUGGAACUUGGGAAGAGGGAGGAACGCGGGGCGGGCUUGGUUCCGGCAGCAGUGAAUGGGUCUAUACCUACGCGCAAACCCGUGAUCCAUCGAGGAUCCUCCGAUUUGAGUACGAGCCGCUACAGCUCUUUUGUGGUCAACGGAGCCGUCAGGCUAUUCGGAACAGUGCCAUCAAGUUGCUGCGAGCGCUGGCUGCUCGGAGACGGCACGAAGAUGCAAAACGGCUUAUCAUCUUUGUUGCUCAUGAUAUCGGAGGGCUAGUAGUCAAAGAUGCUCUGAUUGCUGCAAACCUUCAUAUGGACAUUACCUCUUGGCGAGACAUUGCAGAAAUGAGCCGUAUCAUGGUAAGAUGUACUGCAUCUGCCGUAGUAUUUCAUGGCUGUCCUCAUCGAAGCGUGGACCACUUCGACAUGGAAGACAGACUAUCCCGCUUCCUUUUUGCCGACUAUGACCCAAGAAUAGCAAUUGUUCGACCUUCAGCAUCGGCCGUUUCCGGAUUUGCAGCUGCUGCGAUGGAGAUUAACGGCCUGUUUGCCGAAUCCAAGAUUCUUCUUCGCACCCGCGCAGUGAGCGUUCACCACACGGAAAGUGGACUCUCACACAUAAAUAAGCUGAUUGCUUCAAAGGCAUUCGACUUUUACAGUGCAACAAUCGGGAUACCCAUGGAGAAGCGAAUACCAGAGAGUAGCGAUGAGUCCACCAUCACUGAUUGCCUCAACGACCUUUUGGAAGGUGAGAUUAAUCGAACUACAUCCCUCGAAACCUUUUGGAUGGUCACAUAG